ACAUUAAAUAGCCUAUAGAUGUGCAAGAUGUCCACUAGCAGCACUAGUCUCCGUCAGCGUGUUGUCCCAGCAGCUCCCUCCCCUCCCCCUACAGUGGACGGUGUGGAGGGACUGUCUGCAGCUCUGAGACAAGUUAGAGAGGCUGCAUCAACUAGAGGAGUUACCCAGGACGAGUUCUCUCAAUGUAUCCACUCACUCACCAAGAUCACAUCUUCUCAUAAGAAAACAGAAAAACCUAUGCGGAAAAAGAAUCGGAAGUGUUGCUCCAGGUUGUAUUCGUGCUAUAAAAUAGUGUGGAUUCUGUGGCUGCUGUUUCUUGCCAUGUGUAUGAUAGUGAUUGUGUAUCGCCCGGCAGGACAUCUCCUUCAUAAGUUGGUACACAAGCAUCUGUACACGGUCACCCGUCCUCUGCGCAUUGGCAUUGCUACCGUGGUGCCGUAUUUAAAAGCUGUUGGGUAUGACCUCUUUGAAAAUGACUGCCUCAUUCCUAACCUGAUUAUCAGCGAUGCAGAGUCAUGUCCCUGCAUGUACAUCAAAGAGAGCACUGAGCUGGAGCUGAACCAAACACACAGAGCAAUGCCUGAGGGCAUUCUCUCAAUCCCCAACCACAAUGUGUAUGUGCUGAGGAAUGCAGUAGAGGGGCUGACAAAUAUAUCACUGGACAUAUUCGAGUACUACCAGGAUAGACUAAUGCCUGACAUGUGCUUUGAGAUGCCAGGAGAUGGUGGGGGCGGUGUGCACAUGAUGACUGAGCUCUUCAACACUAGUACAGUGGACAAGUAUCUGGAUGAAGCCAAGCAACCGUGGACCUACAACUGGCAAGAGUGUCCCUCUGAGGAGAACCCGUUGACCUUCCACUCCCUGCUCCCCAAACAAGAAUGGCUGCCUCCUAGUGUGACUACUUCCAACUCAUCUUACUUCACUGUCAGCUCACAAUGGGCGAUGAGCAACCAUUACCUUAGUACUGACAAUGGUGAGAGAUUUAUUGCAACGCUGGUUAUUCUUGGAGACCUCAGGAUAAGGAUGGAGCCAUCUAACUCCAACUGCCAGUACAACUGUGUGGCAUUUAAACACGAUCCUAUUCUUCAACCUGGAGAUAUCUUGAUAUUUGACCAAACCUACUGGCAAUACAUGGCCACCACGUGGACUAGGGCUGCACUGACAAGCACUGUUGCAUUGACCAAAACUGAAACAAUGUCAUAGCUAAUAGUUAGUUUACAAAUUAUUUUUUCUUUCUGUGUGUACAUUUUACAAUUAUUACUUGAAUUCCUACUGCGCAUGUGCAGCAUUG